UAUUUGUUUUUGUUUAAAAAAAAAAACUAUUUUAAAAAAGUGUCUUUCCAUACGAAAAAUGUUAAUUUUAUUCGCCAAAUAUACAUUAUUUAUGUGCUUAUCAAUUAUCAGUGACAAAUCAAAUUGUGAGAAAAAAUUAUAUGAAGCUAGCACUGGCGGUGGGGUUUACUGGAAGGCAGCAUGCGCAGCUAAGUGUUUAUUAAAUGACAAAAACAAAAAUUUUGCAAAUUGCUUUGAUUUAUGCCAAUCUAAUGAAACACUAAAUUCCGAUGUAAUAUUAAAGAAAAUAAAUGAAAACCAUGACCUUAUGCUGCUGUGUCGUGACGAUCGCAGUAUAACCCUAAAAAUUAUUGUACCAGCUCAAGGAUAUAAUCUCCAUUCACAUCAUCGUCUAUCUGGAAAUUCAAAAUUAUUCACAUCCAAUAACAAAGAAACCAUCACCAACAACAACAACAACAACUGGACAACCAACAAUAAUACUCAGGAAAUUUACAUAGUAAAUAUUUCCCCAACUCACGAGGCAAAAGAUAUUUCUGUUUAUCUCUCAGAUGAAAAUGUAAUUACAAUUGGAAAUUUAAGUCAGAAUUCUACCUACAACAUAUCGGUAGCUGUGGUUUAUUCGACAGAAGAAUAUUCAAUUAUUGCAAAGGCAAGGCAAUUUACAACUUUGAGGCGAGGCUAUAAACCGAGAGAGAUUCAAGAGAUUUCGUUGUUGGGAUUCGCGGCAGACGAAACUGAUGCAAUGCUUGUAACUGCUAUGAUUUCAUGGAAGCCAUCAUUCGAUAUGACGUGCGGCUACGACCUUAUCUGUUAUUCACCAGAAAGUAAGGACAUGGAAGUGACGCAAAUUCGAGAUCGCGAAGGAUUAUUUACGUAUAAUUUGGAUAAUUUAACAUUUGCCACAGUUUAUAAAAUUGGUAUACGUGCAACAAAUACAAAUGAUAUUUCUAAAGAGAGUACUUUGAUGUGGGAGGAAAUAACGACGCCAUCAUGCACUGAAUGGCAUAAUAUGAAUUUUAAUAUUUGUGCCCCUUUUAGACCUGAAGAACUAUCUGUGAAAGAAGAUUUUCUCUUACCAAAUAAUAUUUUCUCUUUAAACAUAAGUUGGAAACUUCCUAGAUACAAACCAGACUAUUAUACAUUACGAUUGCUUGAUUUGGAUCAGUUACAUACUUACAAUGUAAAGAAGUAUGAUUAUAAUAUAUCAAAGGAUGAAAAUUUGUAUAUAAUUCCAAAUUUAACCCUGAAUGGAAUGUUAUUUGAGAUUCAUCUUACUGCCCACACACCAGGUGGAAAUUCAACAGCAAUUGUAACUAAAUCAACCUAUAAACCUCAUCUAGUAUCAGUAUCACCUGACAGAAAUUACAUCCUGAAGCUUGGCAUAGCAAUAUUUGCUCCUUUAUUUUGUAUUGCGAUAUUGUCCUUGACCGUUUUUGUUGUGUGUCAUCGGAGAGCAAAGUUAAAACGCUUCCAAGAACGUUGCAAGUAUUUCGAGGAAUUAGAAAAAAAAGCACCAAUUGAUCCAAAGUCAACAUUUGAAUUUACAAAAACGCUAACUCUGCCACAUUCUCAGGAUGACAUUCAUCAAUUUCAAUUGGAUCUGGAGGAUAAGUUAUUUUUUAAUGAUGACAUGGAAAUCAAUCGGGAUGAUGUCAAAUUGUAUGAGAUUUUGGGUGAAGGUGCCUUUGGACUUGUGCGAAGGGGAAUUUAUCACAAUCGAAAACAGGAUGAUGCUGAAAAUGAUGAUGGGGAUGGUGAUGGGAGUGAAAAUACCAGAGAAGUGGCCGUGAAGAUGCUCAAAGAUCAACCAUCGGUGGACGAUGUGCGAGCAUUCAGGCGUGAAAUUGAAGUAAUGAAAUCUGUUGGUCGUCAUCCGAAUAUUGUUGGAAUUAUUGGACAUUGUACAAGAAAAUGUAAUGAAAUGCUUCUGCUAACUGAAUAUUGCAGUUUUGGAAAUUUACUUAUAUUUUUAAGAAAUGAAUGGAAAUUUCUUCAUGAACUAUCAUUUCGCAACAAAAAUCAUUCAUUGAAAACUUCCAAAUGGUUUGGCAAACAAAAUCAACAACAACAACAACAACAACAAUAUCCACUAUCAACGACACCAUCAAUAUCAUCAAAAACACCAAAUCAACUCACAAAAACUGAAUUCAAUUUUGAUCCGAUAGCCAUGCAACCAAUAAAAUUAAAAUGUACAAAUGUCAAUUCAAUAUCUAGCACUGCAUCGACUGCAUACGUUGAAUCGCCAACUAUUACAGCUACACCUGAAAACACUGCUCCUCCGCCACCGCCACCACCGCCUCCUACGGAAUCACCUCCUCUACCACCUUUACCACCAACAAUACCUCCUGAUGGUGUAAAUAUAAAUAACCAAAAACCAGUAAAAGGUUUGGCAAAGUUCAAUAAGUCCUAUGGCUAUGAAGAAAUAUGCACAAGUGCAUGCAAAUGUCGCGUUGAUAUCCUUCCGUCAUCGCCACUAGCGUCAUCAUGUGGUGAUGAACCAAAUCAACGGGGACAAAUAAAAAUAAGCAGAAAAUGUGAAUGCAAACUUAAAAGGAACAAAUUGUUUUCAGUGGACAAUGAGGGUUAUUACAAAAAUUUUACCUCACAAAAUCUAACUUCGAAAAUAGAAAGAGACAAAGACCAACAGCAACAACAACAAACAGCUUUGGAGAAUGAUGAUUUGGAGAAUCAAAUAUCAGGCAAACGAGAGCCUUUACGAACUGCAGACUUAUUGGAAAUUGCAAAACAAGUUGCAAUGGGAAUGGAAUUUCUUUGUAAAAAUAAGGUUGUUCAUCGGGAUUUGGCUGCUCGCAAUGUGUUAGUUUCAGCAGAUCGUACUGUUAAAAUAGCUGAUUUCGGUUUGAGUCGCGAUGUAUAUCAGGAGAAUGUUUAUAAGAAAACUGGCAAUGGCAAGUUACCUAUUAAAUGGUUAGCACUGGAAUCGAUGACUCAUCAGGUUUACACUUCUCAGAGUGAUGUAUGGUCCUUUGGAAUAUUGCUGUAUGAAAUAAUAACUCUGGGUGGAAUUCCCUAUCCUUCAAUACCAACGAAUCGAUUAAUACAUCUUCUUAAGACUGGCUACCGCAUGGAGAAGCCGAAAAACUGCAGUCAAGGACUGUAUAAUCUUAUGAUGGCAUGUUGGAAUUUCAAUCCAGCGGAAAGACCUAAUUUCACAGAAAUAAUAAACAUCCUUGACUGCAUGUCAAGUGAAUCACCGCCACCGAUGCCGAUUGAAAAUCUACAUUCAACAACACCAACAACACAAAGAGAAAAACAUAGCCCUGAAACACCAUCAUCAGAUGAAUCAUAUUUAAAACCUCUUUAAAAAAAAAAACAUGCAUCAAUUCAGUAACUAUAACGAAAAAAAUAAAUAA